UAUAGUUAUAAAAAGUAAAUAAAGUAAUGAAUUAAAUUAUUUUGCAUUGCACGAGUGCCAUUUCUACUUUUAAAAUAAGGGGAAUAUAUAAAAAAUCUCGUAAACACAAGCUUGACAUGGUAUCACUGAUAAUGGUGCGCUUAUGAAAAAGAUUCUGAAAGAAAAACCUUUUUUUGCCGUUUGGAUUCUGCGCGCGCAUGUUUCGUUCACUCGCAUAAAUUUUCGAAGUUUGCGUUGCGCUUCGCAGAAUAAUGGCUUCGAUUACAAUUUCGAAGCCCGCUGAAGUAAACGGCGGCUGUCCGUGCCCGCAUUUAAAUAAUAAAUACGAAAUGGAAAAUAACAAAGUGACUGUUGUCCUGGGUGCUCAGUGGGGUGAUGAAGGCAAAGGAAAAGUGGUGGACCUCCUCGCUGUAAACUCCGACAUCGUGUGCCGCUGUCAGGGUGGCAACAACGCUGGACACACGGUUGUCGUGGACGGCAAAGAGUUCGACUUCCACCUGCUUCCCAGUGGCAUUAUCAACUCAAAAUGCACUUCUGUCAUCGGCAAUGGAGUGGUCAUCCACCUGCCUGGACUCUUCGAGGAGCUGAAAAAAAACGAGCUCAAGGGAAUGGAGGGGUGGCAACAACGGCUGAUCAUCUCCGACCGUGCGCAUCUUGUCUUCGACAUUCAUCAACAGGUUGAUGGUCUUCAAGAGGCAGAGAAAGGAAAGAACUCUUUGGGAACCACAAAGAAAGGCAUUGGACCGACCUAUUCGUCGAAAGCUACGAGAAAUGGCAUCAGAAUUGGCGAUCUACUGGGCGACUUCAAUAUAUUUGAGGAGAAAUUCAGAACCCUAGCAGCAAACUACAAACGCAUGUUCCCGGCCCUCGAAGUAGCGAUCGAUAGCGAACUGGUCAGGUAUCGUGAGUAUGCGGAGAAGAUACGGCCCUUAGUACGCGACACCGUGGCCUAUCUGCACUCGGAGAUCGAGCAUGGGAAGAAAGUGCUGGUCGAAGGAGCCAACGCCGCUAUGUUGGACAUUGAUUUUGGAACCUACCCCUAUGUAACGUCAUCGAACUGCAGUAUCGGUGGUGUGUGCACGGGGCUCGGUCUACCCCCUAAACUGAUAGGGGAGGUCCUCGGAGUCGUCAAGGCUUACACCACCAGAGUCGGCGAUGGACCCUUCCCUACAGAGUUACAUGACGAUACUGGAAAGAUGCUACAAGAACGGGGCCACGAGGUGGGGGUGACCACGAAGCGCGUGCGGCGCUGCGGCUGGCUUGAUUUGGUGGUCGUGCGUUACACUGCCAUGGUCAACGGCUAUACCUCGUUAUGUCUAACAAAACUAGACAUUUUGGAUACGUUGAAAGAAAUCAAAGUAGGCGUCGCGUACAAAUCUAACGGGAAGAAAAUUAACUACUUCCCGUCCUCGAUGCCUGAACUAAGCAAUGUUGAGGUGGAGUACGUGACGCUGCCAGGCUGGGCUUGCAGCACGGAGGACGUGCGCGACAUGGCUAACUUACCCGCCGCCGCACGCGACUACGUCAAACUCAUUGAGGACUUCUUGCAAGUGCCAGUAAAAUAUAUAGGCGUUGGUCAAGGGCGAGAAUCGAUCAUCAACGCGCAUUAACGCGCGGCGACGCGGGACGUCGUUAGUGAAAUGUAUGUUAUACUCUAGUUAUACACUAAACUAAAUGUAUGUAGAGGACGGCUGACGGUGUUGGACUAUUUCUAACCUAUAACGCCAAAAAGGAACGAAUCGAAUCGAAGCGGCGCUAAUCAUUCCGUCUCACUCGCACACUACACACAUGCGUACUGUGUAAGCGAGAGAGAUUGACGUCUCUCUUUUCGAUUCGUUUCUUUGUAGGCACGCGUUAUUCAUAGCUUGCGUUAGUUCUUGAGGCAUGAGUGAAAGUACAGUUCGUUUCACGUAGAAAAACCGCUGGCGGCGCCACCUUACUGACUGUUGAUAAAAGUCAAGCGUCAAAGUAAAAUGGACCUUAGCUACCUUAUAUUAAAGUUCAAGUUUGUCCAUACUACAGCCAACGCUUCAUGCCGAAACCGUAGUAGUAAUAUGUAGUAAUAUUAUUUAGGUCCAUUUUACUUUGACUUUAUGGUGUUUUGAUGUUUUAUCAACGUUACUAACCUAACCUUACUAUUUUCUCAUACUGCGCGGGGAACGAAAGGUACCAAUCUCGCACUAACAUAGGAUAUGAAGUGAAGUGCGAUGGCUGAGUUUUCUAUUUUCCGCGCUAUUGGUUCGUCAAUCAAGCUAUUGAUGCUUCAAGUUCUAGUUGGUAUACUUUAGAAAUAGUCUAAAAUCCCGAUAUUGUACACAUUCGUCAAUUUCCCGAUUCAAGGGAUAUGCAAAUAGUUAAGGGUCUUUGGUAAAGGUGGUCGCACAUCUAUCAACACGGACUUGCAAAAACUUGAAGUAAUGCAGUGUUUGCUGAUGGAUGUGCGAUCAUUUUAAAGGCGGAAACAUACUCUUA